AUUUAUUUUCAUGAAAAUUUCUACAUAUUUGGAAAUUUUGUUUGAAAUUUAAUUAUUAUAUUUGUUUGAAAAUUAACUAUUAAAAAUUUUAUUCAAUUGUUAAAAAGUUUUGGUAAAUUGUAAAGCUGCUCGCAGGAAUGACCGUAAUGGCAACAAUUUCUAUAAGUGAAAUAUGUGAAAAUACAAAAAUGGCUCGUGAAAUGACCUUAACUGGAAGUUACGAAACAGCUGGAAUUUAUUAUCAAGGUGUCAUACAAAUGACAACACGUUUGUUGCAAAUUAUCGAAGACCCGCUACGCAAAGCGAAAUGGAUGCGAGUUCAACAGGAAAUUAUUGAAGAGUAUGAACAUUUAAAAUCAAUGCAGUCUGCAUUACAAAUGAUUAAAUUAAAUACAGGUACGGAUCGUAUGAUCCAAAGUAGUCAUCAAAAUGUGAAUAUAUUUGGACAUCAAAUGGAUGAAGCUCCCACAAGAGACUCAUGGUUGGAUCCAAUUAGUUCGCAACCAUGGCCAACACCAAAUCAUGAUCCAGAUGUUUGGCCAGCACCAACUCCAAACGAUCAUUCGAAACCAAUUCCAAUAUCGAUGAAAUUACUCAAACAAAAUCAAUCGACCAAAAAUGCAAGUAACGCGAAAAGAGGCGGUAAGCCAAAUCAACCGUCGUCAACAAAUCGUAAAGAUGUACGAAAUAAUGCAAAUUUAAGUAGUCGUGGCAACGAAUCCAAUCGACCGAAAUCAUCAAGGUCUGAUACAAAGAUUGAUCUAAAAGAUCGUGAUCCGAAAGAUAAAAAAGAUGAUAAUGGAUCGGAAGAUAAAGAUAAUAAUGUGAAUGAAGAGGAAGAGAAACGUUUCGAAUGCACCGGACCUGAUCGUGAACUUGUUGACAUGCUGGAACGGGAUAUUGUACAAAAGAAUCCUGGCAUCCAUUGGGAUGAUAUUGCUGAAUUAUAUGAAGCAAAACGUUUGUUGGAAGAAGCUGUAGUGCUGCCAAUGUGGAUGCCAGAAUUCUUUCGUGGUAUUCGACGACCAUGGAAAGGUGUGUUGAUGGUCGGACCACCUGGUACUGGUAAAACUAUGCUUGCCAAAGCUGUCGCUACCGAAUGUGGCACAACAUUCUUCAAUGUAUCCUCCUCUACUUUAACUUCCAAAUAUCGUGGCGAAAGUGAGAAAUUAGUACGCUUACUUUUUGAAAUGGCACGUUUCUAUGCGCCUAGCACAAUAUUUAUAGAUGAAAUAGAUUCGUUGUGUUCGCGACGUGGUUCUGAAUCCGAACACGAGGCAUCACGACGUGUUAAAUCCGAACUACUAGUCCAAAUGGAUGGAAUCACUCCAAACCAAGAUGAUCCCACAAAAGUUGUAAUGGUAUUAGCUGCAACAAACUUCCCGUGGGAUAUUGAUGAAGCAUUACGUCGACGUUUGGAGAAACGUAUUUAUAUACCGUUACCGAACGGUGAAGGACGUGAAGCUCUUUUAAAGAUUAAUUUACGUGAAGUCAAAUUAGAUCCAGAUGUUGAUUUGAAAGAUAUUGCAAAACGACUCAAAGGAUAUUCAGGCGCUGAUAUUACAAAUGUUUGCAGAGAUGCAUCCAUGAUGUCAAUGCGUCGAAAAAUAGCUGGAUUACGUCCAGAUCAAAUUCGACAAUUACCACGCGAAGAAUUAGAUUUACCAGUAACAAAUCAAGAUUUUACUGAAGCAUUAGAAAAAUGUAACAAAAGUGUUUCGAAAGAGGACUUAGACAAAUAUUUACGAUGGAUGAAAGAAUUUGGAUCAUCAUGAUACUACUGUUAAAGUAUCUUACUUAACAAACUAAAUACUUAAAACCUUCCCAUUACUUCCACUUUUAACUGAACACAAACCUCUUAACUCUAACUUCACUGUAAACCAUCACAUCUCACCUCACCUCGAACCUAGCUCCAUUUAUUUACGUUACGAUUAAUUGUUGAAAGGGGUACUUUAUUUUAUAGAUUCUAAGUGUUGUUUCAAAGCGUCAACCAAAGUGUUCUUUCUGCUUGUUCAUUAGUAUUAUCAGUUUUGACGAGAAUUCAGGAAAAUCCUUCAAAUUUACCCUCAUCUGAGGGAGGGGCCAUUAAAGGUCAUUAGUCAUACCUUCCGAAAGUGAUUUCGCGCUUGUCAUUUUUGGGAAUUGCUGCGAUCUUAAAAGAUUCCUUUCAAGCAGAAUGACUGAACCUUACUGACCUUAUUUCAGUAUUAAUUUUUAAAGUUAUACAGUCAGUCAAGUUUAUUUUUAUGAUGCGUGCGCACACAAUGACAUGAAAAUUGUAUGUUGAUAAACAAAAUGUCACUCACAAUAGACAAGGAUAGUAACUAGAUCUGGGAUGACAGAUUAAGUUUUAUCUAAAGAAGUAUCAGAGAAGUUCUGUGGAAGUUAUCUAUAUCUGUGAUUGUCUUUGUUUUUUUUUUUUUUUUUUAUUCGAAUUUCUAGUUUUGAAUUUCUAAAUAUAGAAAGGCUCAUAGAAAAUAUAAAAUAAAGAAAUUCCUAUUCCUUCCCUAACAACAUUUAUUUUUCAAACAUAAUAGUUGAUCAAUUUUAUCAAAUUAUUUAAAGAAAUUUUUCAUUCGAAAAUCAGAUAUUUGAACUAAAUGCUCUCUUAUGAGGAAUUUAAUUUAAUAAGAUUGGGCUACAGACUGUUUUAAAAAGUUGUACACCCUGUACCCUGUUAUACUGUUUCAAUAUUUUUAAAGAAGUCAAGCAAAAUUUGCUUUUAAAGUAUUUCUAAUGACAUACGACUAAAAAUAGUUUUGUACGAAAAAUUCUAAGGAUGUCGACUCACUCAUACCCGACUAUUUGUUCUGUUCUCGUUGUAGAAGUGCGGUAGAGAUAGGAUGCGUUCUGUUUUCUCUUAUGUCGUUAGAAAUACCUUAAAAGUAUUCUUAACAUUUAAAAUAAUCAUUCGUGUGGAAGAAUUCUUAACAAAUCGUUAUCAUAUGUUAUCGUAGCCUUCAAAUAUUAUUUCUAAUCAGUGACAGUGGCAGUAGCAGAUUUAAGUAAAAAGAACCAAAAGCUUUUAUUUGAACAAAAAAUAAAUUUUAAUGAAAACCAGCUAUAAGGACAACGCAACGACACAGCUCACAAUUUUGGCUAUUUUAACCUUUUUAAGUAACUUUUUUUUUAUUUUUAAUAUUCACCUUUUUUAUAUUCUUAUUUUUAGACGAUCGAGCUUUUAUUUUUCCUCGGAGAAUAAUAAUUUUAGUGUUCUAGUCACUAAAUGAGUGGUAACUUACUGUUAUCUCGGAGUCGGAGUGUAAAAGCUUAGUAACCCUGAUUUCUUUGCCCCACGCUUAAAUCCGCUACUGUUUCUUAUCCUUAGUCAUUUGUUUUUUAUAUUAAAUUUAUUUAAUUUGAGUUAUUUAUAAAA